AAGAUACAGAUACCUAGGAGCCUUAAAGUCUACGUAGGAGCAGGACAACCGAAAAAGACAAUCUCCCAUUUAAAAAAAUGUCAUCUCAUCCUCAAGCUGGAGCUAUUCCACAGGGAAAUGUCAUCCCACAUGGGGCUCCUAGUGCAACGACCAUACCAACGACGACGACCACAACCACCACGGCCACGACUGCAGCUGCCUCCAGUACCUCAGCUAGUGGCGCUUCUCCAGGUCCCUCACUUUUUGAGCGGUCCAAAGCCAAGCAGAGAGCGGAGUUGCCGGCAGAUGUGAAGCAACUGGAAGCGGAAGAGCGGAAAGAAUGGAGAGAGUGGGCUGAAGCGAGAGCUGGAGAAUUGAUGAGGACUUCCAAUUGAGAAAUUUGAGGAUGAUCCUCGACAGUGGGAGAUCGCUCUAGUACUGCUACUGAAGAGGAUGAUGAUAUUACAGUUUCGAAUUCGUUUUACAUUUAUGCCUGACAAGAACAUUUCUUAGCUAAAGGAUCAUGUAGUUGUUAUAAAUGAGAUUGAUUUUUUUCCAAGAAAAACAAGAUCGUGGAUCGAUGAGAAAAACUCGAAGAAAAUGUACCGCUCCAGCACUCUGAAGCAACAACCAAGAAACACCAGUACAGACCGAAGAUCUUACAAGAUUAAUUUUGAGCUCAUUUUGAGUUCGCUGGCUGCCUGUCGU